GACCGUGUGUUUACGUGGAUCUGAAAAAAAUCGUGAAAUAAUUUUCACCUUUAUCAUGGGUGGGAGUAACUCGAAUUUGGCGGAGAUCGAUGAAAGUAGUGAAGGCUAUCAUGUGUUACGUGUGCAGGAUAACUCGCCGGGAAAGAUUGCCGGAAUGGAAUCCUUUUUUGACUUUAUCCUGGCGAUAGACCAAACAAGGCUGAAUCAGGACAAUGAUAGCCUCAAGUCGAUGCUUCAAGCUAAUUUGAAUAAGGAGACAAAGUUGACAGUGUACUCGAGUAAAACUCAGACUAUUCGUGUCAUAACAGUUAUUCCGCGCAAUGAUUGGGGUGGUCAAGGACUUUUAGGAGUCAGCAUAAGAUUCUGUUCGUUUAAGGGAGCAAAUGAGAAUGUAUGGCACGUUCUUGAGGUUCAUCCGUCUAGUCCUGCCGAAAUUUCUGGUUUAAGACCAUUUACCGACUACAUCAUUGGCGCUGACUCAAUACUGCAUGAAAGCGAGGAUCUGUUCACGUUGAUAGAAACACAUGAAGAUCGGUCUCUGAAGUUGUACGUAUACAAUACGGAAACAGAUUCAUGUCGUGAGGUCAACAUCAUUCCUAACUCUCGAUGGGGUGGAGUUGAAAAGCCGAAUGCUGGAAUGUUGGGUUGUGAAAUUGGAUUUGGUUAUUUACAUAGAAUACCAUUGAAAAAUGGUGCUUCGGCAACAACAAAGCCAUCAGACGUAAUCCAAUCAUACUUCACAGAAAAUAGAACACUUGAAGCUACAACGAAAACUGACCAGUCAUCUCCUGUAAUUCCAACAAUUGAACCGACACCAAGCAUCCCGACUGCAUUACCGGUAACUAAAGAUAAUAUUAGUUUACCUUACGAACCGAAAGUCUAUGAACAGGUUCCAGCAGUAGAAAUUUUUAAUCCUUUGUCACAAUCUAUACAGACACCAACUGCAGCUGCUGUACCACCAGUUUGUACGGAACAUACAACAAUCAACUUCAGCAAUGACAUAGAAAAUGCGCAAAAUAACCAAAACGAAGCGACGAUUUCUCCGACUGCACCUCCAAUAGAUGCCUCACAUUAUUUUAAUACAACCUCAUCUGCGUCAGAAUCUGCAGCUUUUCCACCUUCAACAAUGUAGGAGAAACAGCAUUUUUACAUAUUUUUGCGUUGUACACGUUGUAUAUUUUAAAACGACAUACCUUAAUACUACGAAAAAUAAAAAUU